CAGAACAAUCUUCCACAUUUGAACAUUUCAGUUGAGAGGUCACGUUCACUCAGACCAACAUGAACCAGGUUCUAAGUUAACCAAAAAUGCCAUCAUCCUUCACCUUUAUUUCCCAUUUGCUCCUCCACCAAACAACCUUCUCUUCUCUUCUCUUCUCUUCUGGCAGAACCAGUCAAAGCCACAACCAAGUGCUUUCUUGCAAAACCCAGUUGGUGAAUCUUUGGGAUUCUUCUUCAUCUGGGUUUCUUUACUAAAUGAUGGAGAUAGUGAGAAACGUUAAUUUGGACUUGUUUGUUCAAUUCAGGAUUUUCUACAAAAGGGUUUUGAAUUUUGGUAAUGAGAUCAUGAAGGGUCAUGGUAAAAUCUGGGGUUUUCAAACUUUCAAUGGACUAGUUGCAAUUGGCUCAUUGGUGUCUUUUGUUGUUGCCAUGUCAUGUGCAUUUUUGUAUUUGUUUCCCAGGGUUCCCCCAGUGGUUCAUAGCUACGGAAUUUCUAAUUCCACUACUUCUGUUGAAAAAUGUAAUGUUUUUGAAGGAAGAUGGAUUCCAGAUGAAAGUUACCCUUUGUACAAUGCCUCACAAUGCCCAUUUGCAGAAAUUGGAUUUAAUUGCUUGGCUAAUGGGCGGAAAGAUAAGGGUUAUGCUAAAUGGAGGUGGAAGCCAAAGAAUUGUGAUAUUCCUAGAUUUGAUGUGCGUGCAGUUCUUGAAACUCUUCGUGGGAAACGGAUUGUUUUUGUUGGUGACUCUUUAGGUAGAACACAGUGGGAAUCUUUGAUAUGUUUACUCAUGACAGGGUUGGAGGAUAAGAAGAGUGUUUAUGAAGUGAAUGGGAAUAAAAUCACUAAGCGGAUUAGAUUUUUAGCCGUACGGUUUAGUUCGUUUGAUCUCAGAAUUGACUUUUAUCGGUCAGUUUUCCUAGUGCAGCCGGCUUCAGCUCCAAACCGAGCACCAAAGAGGGUUAAGUCAACGCUCAGAGUUGACAAAUUGGAUGAAAUUAGCAAAGACUGGAUUGAUUCUGAUAUUUUGAUUUUCAAUUCAGGGCACUGGUGGACACCAAGUAAACUUUUUGAAAUGGGCUGCUAUUUUCAAGAGGGUAAAUCACUGAAGCUUGGAAUGCCAAUCACCACUGCCUUCAAGACAGCUUUAAACACUUGGGCAUCUUGGGCCGAGACAAUGAUCAAUACAAACAGAACAAGUGUAUUUUUCAGGAGUUUUGAGACAUCCCAUUGGAGUGGCCAUAACCAUAAUUCAUGCAAAGUGACUCAACAUCCUUUGUCAAGCUCUAAGGGAAGGGACCAAAGCUCAAUUUCAAACAUCAUUAUCAAGAUUGUGAGGAAAAUGACCGUCCCUGUAACUGUUCUGCAUGUUAAAAUUUUUUGUGUUUUUAUACUUUCACUAAACCCUAAAUGCUCAUAA